AUGUUUUGCUUGUAUUUAACUGUGCUACUUGUUGUAGCAAGUAUAAAUGCAUAUGAAAUACCUGCGCCAUUCGAUAUUCGAAUUGAUUAUUAUAAAGUUGACACAACAAGAGAUCUAGUCAUUAACACACCUCUGCCACGGUUUUCAUGGAAAUUACCGCGUUUUAAUGAACGUAAUGUUCGCCAAACAGCCUAUCAAAUCCAACUUCAAUCGUAUAACGAUCGAUGGGAUAGUGGAAAAGUUGAUUCUACUCAAUCGAUUCAUGUCUCAAAUGAAAAUUUCGAUGGACUUCUAUCAUUAACAUACUAUCAAAUCCGUUUCCGAGUGUGGACAAGUUUGUCGGAUGAAGCAAGUUCAUGGACGGAUUGGAUACGGUUUCGAACAUCGAUGUUCGAUUUGCAUGAAUUCCUUAUGCAAAGAAAUGAUGAUGUGAAUUGGAUUGGUUCGACACAGAUCUACAUGAAUGAAUUGCGAAAGGAGUUUAAUGUUUCGAGUACCAGUGCAAUUCGAACAGCAAUUGCUUUUAUCUCGGGUGUUGGAUAUUAUGAAUUGUAUAUCAAUGGCCAGAGUGUUGAUCCAAGCCGAAAAUUAGAUCCAGGAUGGACAACAUACGAGAAGCGUACCCUAUUUGUUUCGUAUGAUCUAACAUCAACGAUUAAACUUGGUAUGAAUGCUGUUGGUGUAAAAUUAGGAAAUGGUUGGUACAGUCAAGAGCAGUAUGUUCCACCAUCUGCGAGCGAACCAUCUUAUGGUCCUCCGCGCCUCAUGUUUGUUUUACGUAUUACUUUUGAAGAUUCACAAGAAAUCGCCAUUUAUAGUGAUCAAACAUGGAAAGGUCGCCAAGGAUCCAUUGUACAUGAUAGUGUUUACAAUGGAGAAAUCGUUGAUAACCGAUACGAUCGUCCUAAUUGGGCUCAGGUUGGAUUUAAUGAUACACUCUCGCUUUGGAUUACACCGGAAAUUAUGCCACCGCCAGUCAAUGUAACUGCGAACGGCCAAAUGAGUCUACAAGAUAUGCCUCCAAUACGUGCAGGCGUUGACGCCUUACAAUUUGAAAUCGAUAAUCCAUCCGAAAUCAUCAAUAGUUACUUAACAAAGGAAGACAUAGGCGAUAUUCAAGGUGGACAACUCCAUGACGGUGGUGUAUUAAAGCCAGUGUCUGUAUCAACACCAGUCUUAGGCGUUCACACAUUUGAUAUGGGGCAAAAUAUGGUUGGUUGGUGUCGAUUUCAUUUUCACGGCCCACGUGGUCUUGGUAUUUACAUUCGUCAUGCUGAAGUGUUAGCACAACCAGUCGUAGCGUCAAAACAAGCAUAUGGUGGAAUCUAUAUAGAAAAUCUUCGCGGUGCUACUCAAAGUGACAGUUAUAUAUUACGUGGAGAUCCCAAUGGUGAAAUCUAUGAGCCACGGUUUACUGUUCAUGGUUUCCGUUAUGUAUCGGUUUUUGGUUCUCCAGUUCCUCUUUCGGUGAAUGACGUCGAAUGUCUUGUUGUUCAUAGUCAAACGACAGUGAAGGGACACUUUGCAUCCAGUAAUCCAGUUAUCAAUCAAAUUCAACACAAUGUACAAUGGGGUCAAUUGAGUAAUUCGAUGUCAUUGCCCACUGAUUGUCCACAACGUGAUGAGCGAAAAGGUUGGAUGGGUGAUGCUGCUUUAUCCGUCGAUGAAGCUCUCUACAAUUUCGAUCUUAUGAAAUUUUAUCUCAAUUUUCUUAACUUGAUUGCUGAUGUUCAACUACCAGAUGGUUCAAUUCCCGAUACCGUACCAGUCAGCUUCGGUGGUUAUCCGUCCGAUCCUAAUUGGGGAACUGCUUUACCUACAAUAACUUGGCAAUUGUAUCGUCACUACAACGAUAUUCAAAUUCUCCGAGAUCAUUAUGCUUCAAUUCGUGCAUACGUCGAAGCAAUUCGUGCUGGGUACAGUAAGACAGGUCUUGCUAAGCUCGCUUAUCAUUACGGAGAUUGGGUUCCUCCACCACCCCAACCGAUGACAAAUGUCUAUCUGAUCGCAUCCUUUGCAUUUCUACACGAUGUUUCUCUAUUGGUGAAUAUUUCGCAAAUUAUUGGUUUUACUAAUGACACACAAUCGUAUACAACAUUCUAUCGACAACUUGCAGAAGAAUUUCAUCGCGUCUUUUUCACGCCAUCAGCCGGAUAUUAUGCAGACGGAAUGCAAGCAGCACAAAUUCUUGCUUUAGCUCUACCCAAUGUUGUACCAGCAAACGUUCGUGAUUCUGUUUUUCAACAUUUAUUACAAGACAUCCAUCAAAAAGAUGUUCACCUUUCGACGGGAAUUGUGUCAACUGCUCAAGUUUUCUCAUUACUCUCUGACAACGGCCAACAUGAUCUUGCUGUUCAAUUAGCGUCCUCUGUAACAUAUCCAUCCUACGGUUAUAUGUUUACUAAUCCCUAUGAAAACGCUACAACCAUGUGGGAAUUGUGGGAUGCUCCAAUGGAAGGUCCAGGAAUGAAUUCACGAAACCAUCAUAUGUUUGCUAGUAUAGGUGCAUGGUUUUAUUCUCAUUUGGCUGGUAUUGAUUAUCAAUCAGAUCUGAUUAUUAUUCGACCACGAAUGUUAUCCGAAGAGAAAAAACAACUGAUGGCAAAAGUUGAUUGUCAAGUCAGUACAUUGUAUGGUAUUGUUCACGUUUCCUAUACACGUGACGAACGCGACACAUUCCGCAAUUCAAUUCUUCUCCGAGUCUCGAUACCAACGAACGCAAAAGCACACAUCACAUUUGAGCCAUUAUUUCCUCAUGCUCGAUGUACGGCAUUAACCGAAAGUGAUAAGGUAAUUUGGUCAGCAGAUCAUAAAGAAGACAACGUUUUCAGCGAUUCGCAAACUGGUUGGAUGACUGUACAAGUCGGCUCGGGCGAAUACGAAUACCAAGCGUUUUGGGAAUAG